CAGAGUCAGUGUAAUGUAAACACGGGUCGCACGUGCACCUCUCUCACACCCCGCGGCGCCUGCAGGAGAAUGAUUGCGUGUCUCGGGUGACGUUAUUUCGAGGACAGAGUGAACAGGAUGUGUAAGAAGGCGUGAGGCGACCGGAGGAACGAGAUUCGAGGGGAUACUUCGAGGGAGAGAGCGAGAGAGCUGAGCGAGGGCCAGGUUACAGAUCCCAGCAUGGCGAGUCGGGACUGGUCGGACUCGGAGUCGGUGGCCAGCAGCGUGGCCGCGGCGUCGGAGGUGUCCACCGUGCCUGACAAGUUCGGGUUCCUCGGGGGGGCGCAGUACACGGAGGAUGGGGAGGAGACUGUGCCUGUGGAAGUCAACAGAAGAAGAGAGAAGAAAUGGCUUGACAUGUUCAGUAAUUGGGACACACACAUGCUCAAGCGAUACAAGAAGGUCAGAGACCGGUGUCGCAAAGGAAUACCCUCUGCUCUGCGGGCCAGGGCGUGGCAGCACCUCUGUGGGGCACACAAACAAUUGCAGCGUAAUCCGGGCGUAUUUGACCAACUGGCGGAGGCACCUGCAGAUCCUCGGUUAGAGGAUGACAUCAGAAAAGAUCUCCACCGUCAGUUUCCUCUUCAUGAGAUGUUCCUCCAGAAGGGGGGCCACGGACAAGAAGAUUUGUUCAGAGUCCUAAAGGUUCAUGCACAAGUCUCGCCCGAUGAAUACUGUCAGGCUCAUGCCCCCAUUGCUGCUGUGCUCCUCAUGCAGAUGCCAGCAGAACCAGCCUUCUGGUGCUUAAAAGCUAUCUGCGACAAAUAUGUUCCUGGUUAUUAUGCUCGUGGUCUGGAAGCCAUUCAGGUAGAUGGUGAUAUCCUGUACAAACUCUUGAAGAAAGCUUCACCCUCGGCCUAUAAACACCUUAAAAAACACAAAAUUGAGCCAGUACUCUACAUGACAGAGUGGUUCAUGUGCCUCUUCUCACGGACGUUACCCUGGGCAUCUGUCCUACGAGUGUGGGACAUGAUAUUUUGCGAGGGCGUCAAGGUGUUAUUCAGAGUUGGUUUGGUGCUGCUGAAGUAUGGACUGAGACCGCAGGUACUCAAGCGAUGCCCUGGGAUGUAUGAGACACUCCAGGCCCUGCGCAACAUUGAGCAUGGUGUUAUGGCGGAAGGCUUCCUCUUAUUCCAGAUGCAAAGGCUGGACCUGAGUGAAGAUGACCUACAGAGGGAACACCAGCGCCAAGUGCAAAAGCGAAGACAGGCCAAAGAUGCUGCAACAAAUGGCAGAUAGAAUGCUGCAUGGAGGCUGCCAAGGCCCAGCCCGUUGAGCACUGAGUUCCACAGCGAACUGAGCUAGCUCACCGACAUGACAAAGUGUGAUGCCAUACAAGAUUCCAUAAUCUGUUUUACAUACCCGAAAUAAACCUACAUCCUUCUCGCGCCAUUUCCAGAUGUGAAGUCUGCAUGUCAGGUUUACUGCUGUGCUCAUAUGAUGCAUAUGAAUGAUGUGUAAUGUACACCAUGCACUAAUAUUCAUUUGUUGCCUAUGUUAGUUCCAUUAGGCUGGAGAUAGUCAGCUUACUAGACAAAUAAGACUGUGGUUGCCAGCAUCUGGAUGAAAGUUUGGAAUCCUGUCUGGAGAUUUAUAUUUUUCCUCAUAUAAUUCAGGUAUCUGGAGAUGAGAGAUGAUUAGCAUUGUAAGGAAAUGCUGAGGUGACUUUAGGAGAGGUGGCCAAAGCAGACCUUUGAUUGGGAAAUGGAAUAUAUGUAUAAUGUAAUUUGAAGUGUGACGGAUUCCCUUGUUAUGAUGCUGAUAUGUAUAAAUCUUGCCUUGUGUGUGUUGUUGAGAGAUCUUCCAGGUGAAGCGAGUGUGUUGCUCCAUUCAAGUUGCAAAUUAUCUGAUGAAGUCAUCUUUUGUUAUCUAUUUUUCUGAAAAAAGAAAGAAAUUAAACAGAAGAAAGAUCACUUCCAGAAACACUCCUAGCUUUAGUACAAGUUUACCCCUCUCCACAAAAAGAAGGAAGAGAAACAAGAGGAAGGAAAUGAAAAUUUUUAUGGUGUUGAUACAUCGUUCAUGAAGUAGUGAUUGUUAAUAGUUCUUUAGAGAAAUAUUUUGGUAUAUUCUUCCUUUUGGCGAUGGUUUGAUGGCGCACGUGGAGCGGAAAACUUAGUAAAGAAACUGCCUCAUGUCGGAGCACAUGUGGCCCCAAAUUUCUUGGAUACAGAUGUGUCAUUAGCAAGAAUUAUAUUAGAUGAUGUUCUUUGUAAUAAGGAAUUUUGCAUAUCAUCUAUUCAGUAUUUCAUUUGUACAAAUGGCCAAAGGAGUUGAAAGAAACUAGUUAGAAAGAUUGUUUUUCCCUUUUUCAAAACUCUUCCCAAGCAAAGGUAAAAGGACUUGUUCCUGUACAGGUGUGCCGUAAAAACCUGGUUCUCUGAGCAUAGUGUAGCGUGUGGGAGACGCAGACGGGAUCGGCAAGUGUGUGUGUGUUUUGGGUGUGAGCAGUGCAUGCCGCAAGCACAGCGGGGGAUAAGAUUUGAUCAAGUUAUAGUUGUGUUUCCUUUGGUGAAUGGCCAUUGGACUGACCAGUGCCUCUUGCAUGUAAGAAUGAUAUAUUUAGAUGAGAUAUAUAUAUAUAUUUUGUGUCAUGUGUAUAAAAUGUACAGACAGAUGUUUAAAAGCUUGCACAUUAAUAUUAGAUAUUAAUUUAUAUUGAUAAAUUGAAAUGCCAAAAAAAAAAAAAAACCCUAUAUUAACCUAAUUGUAAGAUAUCACCUAAAUGGUAAAAGGAGAUAUAAAAGUCUUCGGUUGAACUAAACCAGACCUAAGUUUGGAAAAAAACCGUAAAUUGGAUUAUUCAGAUUGAAAAAUGAUUGUACACCUCUGAUUAGUUUUAUGUUUUAGAAUAUUGUCUUAAUUUCCUUUAGGGUUAUGAAUCUCUCAUAUUUAUUUGAAGAUGUGUUUUCUGUUGUUAUUCCAGUUAAUUGAAAUGGAUUAUUAGACAACAGUUUGAUAAAGGUAAGAGAAAGUAACUGAUACGAAGCAGAGACAAUAUGUGUAACCAACUAACCAGGCAAAAUAAAUUCUUUUGAAAAAAUAGAUCAGUAAAUACAAUACCUAAUGAGCGGAUGUGGCGUAAAUGUUUGUUUAUUUUAAUCACAUUUUAGUGCAACAUCCAUUAUACUUGUGGAAUAAGGAAAUAGGAAUUAACAUAUUAAGUUGCUCACUUUCAAUUUUUUUUUAUUUUUUUAAUUUCUUUUUCUCUUUGAUCAUUUUUAGAAAGUGAAAGUAUGUAGCUUGGAAAUUAGGUAUAAUAGGUAAUAGUAUGCCUUUGGCCUAACAAAAACGAGGAGAAACUCUAACCAAAAGAAAAAGACGAAGUGCUUAUACAUACAGAGAAGAAAGAGAAAUAAGAUUAACAGGAGUUGCAUACUGUACAUUUCCAUUUCAUUUGAGUGCUUUUUAUCUUUACUUUUGAAAUAACACACUGGAUAUCAAGUCUCAACGUACUCUUUAACCCCCCUCCCCCCUAAAAAAAAUUAACUUCAUUGUUUUUCUUUUUGUUUUUAAGUUGUGUACUCUUAAUGUUGUUAGAGAGUAGAGCAGUACAGACACAUAUACAGUACAAAGAAAACUUGCUAAAGCCCUCACACUUCCAUGGUCCACACACCCACUCCCCUGAACACCCACACCCCAACACUCCCACACCUCUACACUCCCACACUCCUGAACACCCACACCCCCACACCUCCACACCCCCACACCCCCACACCUCCACACUCCCACAGUCCCGAACAGCCACACCCCCACACUAUUGAACACCCACACUCCCACACCCCCACACUCCCACACUCCCACACUUCCCUCGUCCAUGUACCAUGUGCAAAUAUACCAAACAUAGACUUCUGUCACCACACACACACACGAGUAAAUUAAUGAUUUGUUCCCCAUUUAGUUCUGUGCUGAUUGUGUGUUUUUUUUGUAAAGAUAGCAAAUGGGACCAUUUUAUUAAACCUCUUUUUUUAUAUAUAUAAAUACUUAUCCUGCUUUAGUGGAUAAGGCUCCUUUUCCUAUUUUGAAAUUUUAAUUGAUUUUUAAACGGUAGACAAUUUCCAUUCCAUACCCAUCGUUUCUCCCAGGCAUUAGAUGGCAAGAUUUUAAAGACCUUUCAGUUAUGUUGGUGAGUAUUAGACCAAUGGUAAAAUGUUGAUGGAUAGUUUAGGUGACCAGUGAUAAGUAGACACACUUCAUAUUCAGUAGAAGUCUCCUUAGGUUCAAGGAAAAUGUCCGUAUUGGCAAGCAGUACUUUUUUUCUUUUAAUAAUCUUAUUUUACAGGUAGAUGCGAGACAGAACAAUUUGCUAUAUUACCUCUGUAUUCAGAAGUGAUGAUCAGCUGAGACAUUGUAUUAUGAGAGUGACAAAAUGUUUGCAGUUGAAAGGAUUAUAAAUGGAAUGUCCUUGUAGGUAGCUUCAUGUUGCUACAAAUGAUUUUGAGUGUCAAAGGGGUCCUCUGUUUUACGAUUCCCUGAUAGAUCAUGUUAUUUAGCUAAUACGGGUUUCUCAAGUCAAAAGAUCCCUUAUUAACCGAACUUGAGGUGACUGGUAGCUAUUUCAGUUGCUGCAACUGAGAUCAAAGAAGAGUGUAUAAUCCAGCUUUUGCUAUUUGAUGGAAAAUAUUGUGAACAUCUUUUUGUUGCACAUAUCUGACUGCUUAUCAAGUCUUACCAGUAUUAAACACACAAUCACGAAAUAUCACUCAAUUGUAAUUUGUCUUAUUUUGGAAGAAGGAAACAAUUGAAUCAAAGUUGAAAUCAAUAAAGAGCUUUCAUAUGA